AUGGAUGCGUGCACCGGAGUGGACCAAGGCGGCAAGCGCUAUUGGCAGCGCAUUGAGGAUCUGUACCACCAGCUGAAGCCUCGCACGAAGAGCAUGGCGGACAGAUCCUACCGCUCCCUAGAAGGCCGAUGGAACAUCAUCAAGCCGGCUUGUUCUCGUUGGAGUGCUGCCAUGGAUCAAGUGGCCGACAACCCCCCUAGUGGAUGCGUGCCGGAGGACUAUCCCAAGUAUGCUCAAGCACGGUACAAGGACAUGGCCGACUCUAAGAACAAGGAAUUUCAAUUUCAACAUUGCUUUUCCAUCCUUCAACAUCUUCCUAAGUGGAAGUUGCGGGACAACGAGCCAAAGUGCAAGAAGAAGGCACUUCUCACCAUGGAUGAUGAAGCGGAGGACAUGAGUGGGAGAAACACCGGCAAGCCCGAGGGCAACAAGAAGGCCAAGGAGAGGACGUUGGAGACCAAGCUCCUCAUCACCGAGAAGAAGAGUGUGGUGAAGCUUGCCAAGGUGCAAGCAAGGAGGGAGCUUGACAUGAAGAUGAUCGCAGCCAUAGAAGCCAAGGCCAUGAAGGAGCUCUUGGCCGAGGAGAGGGAAAUCAUGAUGAUGCGCACCGACGGCAAGGACGAAGAUCAGCUGGCGUGGUGGAAGGAGACCAAGGCGGACAUCAUUGCGAGGAAGAAGGCUGCGCGUCAAGCUCGUGCUCAAGGUGAGUCUCCGGCGAGCGGUGGCGCCGGUGGCGAUGGAUCUGUUGAUGGUUGA